GGGUAAAUUCAACUAACAAAGCCAUUAUGAUAUCUGCAACAGCAAGCCAAAUCGAACCAAAAGCUACAGCAGAGAAAAAAGGAAAAUAAAUUCACUUAAAAGAAAGAGAAAAAGAAAAAGAAUGAAAAGCUCUGAAAAAAACUAAUAAACGUUUUAUGGAUUGCAGCCAUUAAAACUUGAAGGGAAGCUGUUUCAGACAAGUACCUAGGAAUCUGGAACUGUUCUCAAGUGUUUCGAGAUGUCUCAAACCAACUGGGAAGCUGAUAAAAUGUUAGAUGUGUAUAUUCAUGAUUAUUUAGUGAAGAGGGAUUUAAAGGCUUCAGCUCAGGCAUUUCAAGCUGAAGGAAAAGUAUCAUCAGAUCCUGUAGCUAUUGAUGCACCUGGAGGUUUUCUCUUUGAAUGGUGGUCUGUUUUCUGGGACAUCUUCAUUGCCAGGACUAACGAGAAACACUCAGAGGUUGCUGCAUCUUAUAUUGAGACGCAGUUGAUUAAAGCACGAGAGCAGCAGCAACAGCAGCAACCUCAACAGCCUCAACAUCAGCAUCAGCAUCAACAGCAACAGCAGCAGCAACAACUGCAGAUGCAACAACUUUUAAUGCAGAGGCAUGCUCAGCAACAACAGCAGCAGCAACAACAGCAGCAGCAACAACAGCAGCAGCAGCAACAGCAGCAGCAGCAGCAGCAACAACAGCAACAGCAGCAGCAGCAACAACAACAACAACAACAACAACAGCAACAACAGCAGCCGCAGCAGCAGUCGCCCCAGCAGCCGCAACAGCCCCAACAACGAAGGGAUGGGUCUCAUCUCCUAAAUGGCAGUACAAAUGGACUUGUUGGGAAUGACUCUCUCAUGCGUCAGCCUGCUGGAACUGCUAAUGCCAUGGCAACAAAGAUGUACGAGGAAAGACUAAAGUUGCCACUUCAAAGGGAUUCUUUGGAUGAUGCGGCCAUGAAGCAAAGGUAUGGUGAGAAUGUUGGCCAGCUCUUGGAUCCAAAUCAUGCCUCAAUACUGAAGCCUGCUGCAGCAACCAGCCAACCUUCAGGGCAAGUGCUGCAUGGUACUGCUGGUGGUAUGUCUCCUCAAGUUCAAGCUCGGAGUCAGCAAUUGCCAGGAACAACACCGGACAUAAAGAGUGAGAUAAAUCCAGUAUUGAAUCCCAGGGCUACCGGCCCAGAUGGAUCUUUAAUAGGAAUUCCAGGCUCAAAUCAAGGUGGUAAUAAUUUGACAUUGAAAGGAUGGCCUUUAACAGGACUAGAUCAACUGCGGUCUGGGAUACUACAACAGCAAAAGCCUUUUAUACAGGCUCCUCAGCCCUUUCACCAACUUCAGAUGUUGACACCACAGCACCAGCAGCAACUCAUGCUUGCUCAGCAGACUCUGACAUCACCAGCUGGCAGUGAUGAAAAUAGAAGACUGAGAAUGCUGUUGAAUAAUAAUCGGACCAUGGGCCUUUCAAAUUCUGCUGGUGAUGUUGUUCCAAAUGUAUCACCAUUGCAGGCAGGCAGUCCUCUUAUGCAUCGAGGAGAUGCUGAUGUGCUGAUGAAGUUAAAAUUGGCUCAGUUGCAACAGCAACAGCAACAGCAACAGAACAGUAGCUCACAGCAUGCACUCUUGAAUCAGCAACCACAGACUUCUAAUCCAAGUCUACUUCAACAAGAUAAAGUUGGUGGAGGUGGAAGUGUCACUGUGGAUGGUAGCAUGUCAAACUCAUUUCGAGGGAAUGAUCAGGUUUCAAAAAACCAGAAUGGAAGAAAGAGAAAACAGCCAGUGUCUUCUUCAGGCCCUGCCAAUAGUUCGGGGACAGCAAACACAGCUGGUCCUUCCCCAAGUUCAGCACCUUCCACACCGUCAACGCACACCCCUGGAGAUGUGAUUUCAAUGCCUGCCCUGCCUCACAGUGGCAGUUCUUCCAAGCCUCUGAUGAUGUUUGGUGCUGAUGGUGCUGGCACGCUUACUUCACCAUCAAACCAGUUGUGGGAUGAUAAAGAUCUUGAAUUGCAGGCUGAUAUGGAUAGAUUUGUGGAGGAUGGAUCGCUUGAUGAUAAUGUUGAAUCUUUUUUAUCCCAUGAUGAUACAGAUCCCAGAGAUGCUGUUGGCCGAUGUGUGGAUGUCACUAAAGGUGUCACAUUUAUGGAAUUAAAUUCUGUUCGAGCGAGCAGUAGCAAAGUUACCUGUUGUCAUUUCUCAUCCGAUGGAAAGUUGCUUGCUAGUGGUGGCCAUGAUAAAAAGGCUGUAUUAUGGUAUACAGACACUUUGAAGCCAAAGUCUACACUUGAAGAACAUUCAUGUUUAAUUACUGAUGUUCGUUUCAGUCCAAGCAUGUCACGCUUCGCAACAUCUUCAUUUGACAAAACUGUCAGAGUUUGGGAUGCUGACAGUCCUGGUUAUUCGCUUCGUACCUUCUCAGGACAUUCUGGUAACGUUAUGUCACUUGACUUCCACCCAACUAAGGAUGACCUUAUUUGCUCUUGUGAUGGUGAUGGUGAAAUUAGAUAUUGGAGUAUCAACCACGGGAGCUGUGCAAGAGUUUUCAAGGGUGGUACUGCUCCUGGUACGGCCCAGUUAAGAUUUCAACCUCGCUUUGGAAAGUAUCUUGCUUUAGCUGCGGAGAAUGUUGUAUCAAUAUUGGAUGCCGAAACUCAAACUUGUCGACACUCAUUACAGGGACAUACAAAGCUGAUCCAUUCUGUAUGCUGGGACUUGUCAGGUGAGCUUCUAGCAUCUGUCAGUGAGGACUCUGUCAGAGUUUGGAGCUUUAGAUCAGGGAGUGAAGGGGAAUGUGUUCAUGAAUUGAGUUGUAAUGGCAACAAGUUUCACUCUUGUGUUUUCCAUCCUACGAGUCCUUCAUUGCUGGUCAUUGGCUGUUACCAGUCUUUGGAGCUAUGGAAUAUGACGGAGGGUAAGACAAAGACAUUGUCGGCUCAUGAAGGACUGAUAGCUGCAUUGGCAGUGUCACCGGUGACGGGCCUUGUUUCUUCCGCGAGUCAUGACAAGUUUAUUAAAUUGUGGAAGUCAUACAAUUGUUAAAGUAGUAGCUGAUGAAAAUACACAUUAGUUUUUGUUUGCUUUGUAAUCAGCAACAAUCACUGGUUUGUGGCUGUUGUGGGUGUUGUUCAAUGUGUUGAUUUUGUUGUGAUUUAACCCUAGUAGCUAACCUUGUCUGUUGUAUGCAUUGCAUGAUAUUUUGUAACCUUGUAUGUUUAACUUGGACAUUCUUGAUUAA